UUUCUGUUAGUGCACCGGCAGAGCCAUCAUGGCGGAUCUAAACCGGCAGUUGCAGGAGUAUUUAUCUCAUUCUAAAAGUGGAAACAAAUCGAUAUCUCAGUCCAGCUCCAGCACCGCGAUAAACAUCGACGAAGCGGACACCGCAGUACCGGGCAGCUGGUUCGGCCGCUGGUCUAGUCCGUUCUCCGGCCGAGAAGGAGCUUCAUCAGGCCCGAGCAGCGGAUUUUCCUGGCCGUGGUCUGCCGAGCCGGACCAGUGUUUACCCGGCGUGAGCCGCUCUCAGCGCAUGGUGGUGUUCGGGGUGUGUAUCUGUUUCUCCGCGCUGUGUUUCGGACUCUCGGCUCUGUACGCACCGCUGCUCCUCCUGAAGGCCAGAAAGUUCGCCUUGCUGUGGUCGCUCGGCUCUCUGUUCGCGUUGGUCGGGGCCGCGGUUCUGCGUGGACCGAGCCGGAUCUUGGCUUCGCCGACUCCCGGAGCCGCGGUUUAUCUGUGCUCCCUGGCCGGGACUCUGUAUGCGGCCAUGGGGCUCCACAGCACUCUGCUCACCGCGCUCGGAGCUUUCAUCCAGAUCGGAGCUAUAGUGGGAUACGUGGUGUCUCUAGUGCCGGGUGGCAGCGCUGGCAUGAAGUUCAUGGGUGGCAUGUUGACUUCGGCCAUAAAGAGAACAGUCACUGGCAAGACCAUGCCAAUCUAAGAACAGCCACAGAACAGUUUAAUACCUGCUUUAAUGUGAUCUAAAGAACAUGCCAAUACACAAAUAGCACUGGCAUGAAGUUUUGGGGUGGCAUAAAAUGAAGAGUCGCUGACAAAGACCAUGCCAAUCUGAGAACAGCUUUUGGAUCUGUGUGUUUGAUUAAUUCUGUAAUUAUUUUCUUAUUCACAGCUCAGUAAUAACCUAAGAAGAGCGACGGGCGAGACCAGGUCUUUCUGGGAACAGCACUGACCCACAUCAGCUGUCAAACCACACCAAUCAAACCUUGAGGGCAAAUUUCCUCAGUUUCCCAGACUUGUUGUGUUGUGAGAUCAGACUGUUAUUAACAUGUUAAAAUAGGUGAAAAGGCUUUCGGAAUAUGUUCACUCCUGGUUAUUUCAUCACACUUGGAACUGUAAUUGAUUUGCAUCUCAGUAGCCUGAAAUCACACACAUGCUGCAUCAGUUCUAUCCAAAACUCUUCUUGUUUCUGCAUUAAUAAUAAUACGUUUUAAAUGUUUUUAAUUUUCCUGAACUCAUAAAAGGUCCUAAUUAUGAACCACAUCUAGGUCUGCAUGUGGCGGAAGCUUAGAGUUUGACCGAAUACAUUCCAAGCAAUUGGGCCCUACAGUGGCAACUUGGUGGUGGUGGGGUCUGAAGCAGCAACCUUCUCAACACUACUCCACCACCUCCACCUUGAUAGUCGAUCAGUUCUGAGGAAAAGCUGUACAUUGUUACUAUAUUAAGACGGAAUAAAGGACCAAAUGAUUUAGUACUCAUGAUCUUAAGGACAACUGUAACUUGCACAUAACAAUUGGUACGUUUGUAAAUAAACAUGGAAUUAAAAAGCA